CUUUCGUAUUCUUACUAUUUCUUUUUUGUUGUUGUGAGUCGUGAGUGUUAUAACAAGCUGUAAUCAUCUAAUCACACCGAUCCCUAAUCCAAAUUUCACCUACAAACUUGAAUUUUGAAUAGAAAAUCGACAUAAAUUUAAAAUGGCCGAUGAGGAGACUGUGAAUGGGAACUCGGAGGAAGUACCUGAGAAAUCUCAACAAAAGAAGGCUGCCAAAUAUGACAGUGGGGCUGCAGACUUGGAAAAAGUAACGGACUAUGCGGAAGAAAAAGAAAUAUCCACACAGAAUGUCGCCGGUGCAAUUUCGGCUAUAGGAGACCGAAGGAAUCAAGCUGCUUUGGAAAAACAAGCCAGGGAAAAGGAACUGCUGAAGGUGUCUAUAAGGAAAGAGGAUGUGGACUUAAUUGUUCGUGAGAUGGAAAUUUCUAGAUCUUUAGCGGAAAGAACCCUUAGGGAAUAUCACGGCAAUGUUGUUUGUGCACUUAUUGCCCUAACAAAUUAAAUUGCGUAUUGUUACCAAAAUGUUUUAUAGGAUAAAAUAAAUCAUUUUUUUACAGCUCGA